GACACUAUAAACGUAUGUUUUCUUCCAGAAAGUGUGAACAUUUUUUCAAUUAUGUUAGGCGCCAGAGGCCUCAGUCAAUUACUGAGAGCUGCACCUGCACUCAGAAGAAGCCUUCAUGUUUCUGCACCUAAAAAUGGAGGAGUGACGGUGUAUCGCAGUCCUCCUGCACAUCCACCCAAGAAAAAUCUCAUCGCGGCCGAGCUCCUUGGUGGCUUCGUGUGGUUCUGGAUCUUUUACCGUUUCUUCAAUGAUUAUGAAAUGCUCACCAAUGAAUGGCCGUAUCCAGACCUGUCGCAGUGGAGUGAUGAAGAGCUGGGGAUCCCCCCUCUUGAUGAAGACGAUUGAGCUUACAGAGAAGCGUUCAUAAGCCAUCUCUUUGUAUUAUACAUAUAAAUUUUAAAUGAAAAAUGAUAAAC